AUGGCUUACCACCCCUUCCAUCACGCACACCGGCCGACGGACUUCCCCAUGUCCGCCUUCCUGGCCGCGGCUCAGCCCUCAUUCUUCCCCGCUCUGAGCUUACCUCCACCCGGCCUCGGAUCCAAGCCUCUCCCACCGGAGCUGUCGGCAGAAGCUGGGGCCCUCCACCCGGCGCUCAGCCACCACCAGGCCGCUCACCUCCGCGGGUUGAAGAGUCUGGAGCCCGACGAGGAGGUGGACGAUGACCCCAAAGUGACACUGGAGGCGAAGGAUCUCUGGGACCAGUUCCACAAGCUGGGCACUGAGAUGGUCAUCACCAAGUCGGGCAGACGCAUGUUUCCUCCCUUUAAAGUCCGCAUAAAUGGCCUGGAUAAGAAGGCCAAGUACAUCCUGCUCAUGGACAUCGUGGCGGCGGACGACUGCAGGUACAAGUUCCACAACUCGCGGUGGAUGGUGGCGGGGAAGGCGGACCCCGAGAUGCCCAAGAGGAUGUACAUUCACCCCGACAGUCCGGCCACGGGGGAGCAGUGGAUGGCCAAACCCGUGGCGUUCCACAAACUCAAACUCACCAACAACAUCUCCGACAAGCACGGAUUUCAGACCAUCCUGAACUCGAUGCACAAGUACCAGCCUCGUUUCCACAUAGUCCGGGCCAACGACAUCCUGAAGCUGCCCUACUCCACCUUCAGGACCUACGUGUUCCCGGAGACCGAGUUUGUGGCAGUGACGGCCUAUCAGAACGACAAGAUCACGCAGCUGAAGAUCGACAACAACCCGUUCGCCAAAGGAUUCAGAGACACAGGAAACGGACGGAGAGAGAAGAGGAAGCAGCUGACGAUGCCCUCUCUGCGUCUGUACGAGGACCAGUGUAAGGACAGGGAAGGGGCCGACUCCGAUGCCUCGUCCAGUGAGACUCCAGCGGGGGCCACCCACUCCCCCCUGGGCCCCGGGGCCAGUCCCCUGCACUUCAGAGCCAGAGACGACAAGACCUGCUCAGACAGCGACCACGACCUGGACCCUCACGACCUGGACGGAUCCACCAGCCCCGGCCCCGAACCUGAGUCCCCCUUCAGCGCCCGGUGUGAGGACCGCCCCCCCACCUCCUCCUCCUCCCUCUCCACCCCCACCCCCUCCCUCUCCACCUCCGACAGCAAGAAGAUCCACCCGGCGUUCAGUGCCCGCAGCUUGGACAAAGACAAAAGCAAACCCUCAGACCACAGCGACACCUCUGGAGGGAUCAGUGCGAGCAAAGAGAGUUUCUCACCCCUCAUGGUUCAGACGGAGAGCGCUCACUUCUCGCCCGGACACUUGCAGAGUCUGGCUCUCUCCGGUCUCCAUGGACAACCCUUCUUUAACCCUCUGAGCGCCGGGUCCCCUCUGCUCUUCCACCCCAGUCAGCUCAUGGGGCCCGGCGCCUUCUCGGCCAUGGGCAUGAGCCACCUGCUGGCCUCUGUGUCCGGGGCCGGCCUGGACGCAGGGAGUCUGAGCAUAGGCAGUCCCAGCACAGGAGGAGCAGGAGCAGGAGGAGCUGGAGGAGGCGCCUUCCCCUUUCAUCUACAACAGCACAUGCUCGCGUCACAGGGCCUCCACAUGCCUCCCUUCGGCGGCCUCUUCCCGUACCCCUACACAUACAUGGCAGCCGCUGCCGCAGCCGCAUCAGCCUCGGCCUCCAGCUCCACGGGGAGUCCUCUCUCCCGCCACCCCUUCCUCAGCUCCACCACCCGCCCUCGACUUCGCUUCAAUCCCUACCAGCUGCCGGUGUCCCUGCCUCAGACCUCCAGCCUCCUCUCCGGAGCUCUGCUAUCCACCUCGGAGUGCUCGAAGGCGGGCAGCAGCAGCAGAGAGGCCAGCCCGGUCCUGGAGCUCAACCACAAACUGGGGCAUUCAGGGGUUUCUCCCAAAAGCAGCUCUCUCAAGGACUCCGUGAACGAGCUGCAGAGCAUUCAGAGACUGGUGAGCGGGCUCGAGGGCCAGAGGGGGGGCUCGCCCACCGCGGACUCUCCCAAAGGGGACAGGACUCAGGACAGGGGUGAGGGAGGUGAGGGGGUCCGGCAGCAGACAGUCUUUUGUCCGGACCCUGGCGCCUGUCGCCUGCCGCCUCACCCCCCUCCUCCCCCCUCAUUAGAGACUCCCCCCUCCUCCCCCCUGCUCUGCUCUCUCUGUGAUGGAUGUGUAAACAAAGAGCUGCGCUAA